AUGCAAUUCUUCUCUGUCCUGUUCUCGCUCCUGGCCAUCACCACCACAUCCGUACUAGCUCAGAGUGCAAACAUCGGUGCUCCUGCGGAUAUGACUGAAGUUUCUGCUGGGUCAAAUUUCACCGUUAUGAUUGAUCGACCCGAUACUCUCACCGGUUCAACUGAAGUGGCUCUUGUCAUUGCUCUCCUGAGCUGUGCUUCAAAUCCUUGCCCUGGGCCGUCCGAAGAACUUGGCACGGUCUUGUACGACGGGCCCUUCGACCCACAGUUUACGACUGAGCCUGGAACCAGUUCGCUUCCGCCUCACAAGAACUUCACGCUCACUAUUCCCUCUACUUUUACCAAGGGUCAAGCUCAAUUGGGUGUUGCGCACUUUUUCUUGCUUGGAGCUUCUGUUGCGCCCAUACUCGAGACCUUCAACUCUACCAUUGUAAUUACUUGA